AUGACAUAUGUAGUGAAAGUUUCAUUUAUUUUUUGCACAUUUGUAACUUUCUCAUGUGGAAGUGAUCUUCAUAACGAUGCUAGUUGCGACAGUCAAUUAAGUUACUUCGAUUCUGCCUUUGAAAGGCGCGAAUCGUGGGCAUUGAACAUGUUAGAUACAUGGGGCAGAACACCAUCAGGAUUACUGCAUGGUAAUACUCAGAGUCCUGGCCACUAUACGGAAUGUGUGGAGUUUCGGCAUAAUGACAUUCAGGGGCAACAUUGUAUGCUAACGGUAACAGCGGCUGUGAAUAGUAGCAACGUAAGACGUGAUUGGACCAAUCCUGAAUCUAAUAUACGAGAUUAUAACCUGACACCUAUCAUUGGAAUAUGUUUACCGGCAUCAUGUUCUGUCAACAAAAUUAUUGAUUAUUCAAAUAAGUUUCUAAUUGAGGACGGUUUGGAGGGAGUUAGUGCGAUUUGCCGCACAAAUGACGCGGUACCGUUUCAGACAAUCGACUAUUUUGCUAUAAUCAUCUUCAGUUUACUAUUUGCUGCACUCGUCGCAAGCACCAUCUACGAGGUAGUCUUGUUAAAUAACGGGAGAGACCCGAAUAAGCUUUUAGCAGCUUUCUCUCUAUAUACAAAUGGAGCUAAAUUGUUCGCAAUGAAAGAAACUAGUUCUCCAAAUGUGAUCAACUGCUUGAAUGGUCUCAGAACGUUAUCAAUUUUUUGGAUUAUUUUCGGCCAUCGAUUCGAUGAUCGAGAUUACGUACCAGUAUUUAACGAUUCUUCUACCUAUUACAAGAAGUACAUCUACUUAAUAUUCACAAACUACGAUAAACCAGUGGACACAUUUUUUGUAAUGGGUGGUCUGUUGGUCACUUCGUCCUUGUUAAACUCCCUAGACAGGAAAAACGUCAAUAUUCCCCGGAUGUAUCUGCAUCGAUAUUUGCGUUAUACACCAUCACUAGCUCUGAUAAUUUUGUUCCACGUUUCAUUCACAAAGUUUCUGGGCGCUGGACCAUUUUUCAAUGCUUACACAGAAAAUUGUGAGAAAUAUUGGUGGAGUGCUCUGCUGCAUUUGACGGUAUACACAAAUCCAUUAUAUCCGUGCUACGACGUCUCCUGGUAUCUUUCGGUUGACUUUCAACUAUUUCUUAUCAGCCCAAUCAUAAUUUAUCCUAUUUGGAAAUGGGGUAGGAAAGCGUUUUGGAUAUUACCCGUAAUUGUACUACUGGUGCAAGGAUGUAUCUUUACAACAACAUACACGAAGGGAAUCAACGUUUACUUUUUUCAAAUGACAACCCUUGAGGGAAUUUUUGCAUGGCUUGAAAAGUUUUACUUUCCAACACACUUGCGACUAGGAUCAUGGGUAAUCGGUAUUAUGCUUGGAUUUGUGCUGCAUCACGAAAAAGGAAAUAAAUUGAAAAUUUCCAAGUUUGUUAGUGCUACGUUGUGGGUCAUUUCAAUUGCUGUUUUGUUGACAAUUCUUUUGUGUCAUUAUCCAUUUAUCCAACUGGAUGACAAUCGUUCAAUAUUAGCGAAUGCCUUUUAUAAUGCUUGCUACCGAAUAGGUUGGAGUUAUUCAGUAGCUUGGAUUAUUUAUGCCUGUCAUAAUGGAUCUGGUGGCGUCAUCAGAUGGUUCUUGUCGUGGAAAGAAUGGCAGCCAUUGGGUAAACUAGGGCUGAACAUUUAUUUGGUUCACCGACUGUAUCAAAUUAUCACAGUAAUCAAUCAACAGCAACCAAUUGUUUGGGACUUUUUUACACAGACCCAAAAGUUCUUCGGAGAUGUUGUGGUUUCAACAAUACUUGCAACGAUUUUGUAUUUAAUCAUAGAGAAUCCUGUAUCGUUAAUUGAAAGUUAUUUAUACGAUAAAAUUAAAGGGUGUAAACUGUAUCAAAUGUUAUUCACUGACAUUCUGAGGUUUCUAGCUAUGGUUGUGAAAAGCUGA